CAACGCUUCGACUUGUAGAGAAAGCUCUUUCACUCGACACAUGAAGACGACAAGAGAGGGUCAAAAGGCCUCUGUAACCUGCUCACGCUUCCCGCAGUCCUCCCUCAUGGCGAAGAGAUGAGCAGUGAUUUAGGUCUCCACUAACCCUAACCCAGAUUCCGUCCUUUUGAUCGUUUUUCAUGGGAGAUACGGUCGAGAUGGAGGGAGGUUGCUUGAGAAGCGAAGACACUCUUUCCUGCAUUUCAUCUCACUCAUCCAUUCCAUCACUCGAUCUGUCUAGCUGCCACCGAUGCGGUCUCCGUUUCCCGAUCAGUGACAGCAUAGACCAGUUCCGAACCCUCGAGAGCCAGUGGCGCAUCGUCCUCCUCUGUUAUGACUGCCUUGAUGGCGUCAGAUCUGCCAAGGUAUGCUCCUACUGCUUCUCAGCUAUUCCAGAGUUGGAAAAGGGGAUUCUUGUCUGUAUUGAAUGCUGUUGCCGAGUUCACUGCACAUGCGUGCCACUGCAUCACCGUAAUCUGUCGCCUUCGCAGCUAGACACGGAAAAGUUUAUCUGCGUUGACUGCUGCCCUGUCUACAGAUUUCGCGGUGAAGGUGUUGCUAAAUCUGGAUCCAGAACUGGAUUUAGUAUUUUGUUAGAGGAUUUGGUAAGGGAGGCAAAUUCAAUCUCGGAGAAGGAGAUGGCCUCCGAAGUUGAGGCGAAAAAUAAUAUGGUGAGUAGAUCAAUGGCGGUGAGGAGUUCUACAGAGGUUACGAAAGAUGCACUAGCUUCUGUUCAUUUAGUGAAGGACUCCAGUAACGCCAUUACUCUAGCUGAUGAGGAAUUGGCUCUUCGAUUGCAUCGAUCGAUAAAUGGAUCACAGAGGAUUUCCAGGACUUUUUGGCCUAAAGACAAAACUCGCUUGAGAGUCUUAGGGAAAGUUCGAGAGAGUAAUUGUUCUGUUGUUAGGGUUGUUGACUCAAAUUCUUGUGUCCAUCAUGUAAAGAUUGAAGCCUGCUCUGAGAACAAAUUCUUUGUUGAUGGCAAGAUUGAAGUCUGUUCUGAUAAUAAAUCCCAUCUUGAAGGCAUGGAGACAUCUCAAUCAAUUAUGACUAGCAGUCUUUUGGAGCCGGAGAAUGGGGAUCUGUUGAAGCAAGUUAGGGGAUAUGAAACAGAAGGUCUUGAAAACUUUUUCUUGAAGGACAAGGAUAUCAUAUAUAUGUCUCCAGAUUCCACUAGUGAUUGCAGUAAUGUUGGCCCAGCAUUGUUUCCAAUGAAUAGUUUGUUAAAUAACACCAUGCCUUUAACAAAGUUUAGAUUUGAUGUUGGAGAGGGUUCCUCACUGCAGCGGAAGGCCAUUGAUGAACCUGGUUCAGAUAUGUGUACAAAGAAAUAUUUUAGGAGACAGUGGGGAUCUAGAAGAUUUGUCGUUGGUGGCUGAGUUGUUUUGGGGUACCUUACAGGCCUACGAAAUCUCGAUGGCCACUGAUUUCCUGAAUGCAUUCUUUCCCGGUAUUUUAUGAAAAUGCCAUUUUGAAGGCACAUAUGCCACUUCAAGGACAGAGGUAUUGAAGCAACAAUGCAGGAGUUAGUUUCUCCGAUGACCGGGAGGACUAUGUCCUCGAUCUUUGAAAACUGACAAACAAAGGCUACGAUGGAAGCAGAAGUCAUGAUAAAAUCUGCGCCUACUAUAUAACCAAUGACAGCUGAUAUUGGAGGGAAAGAGAAAAGUUCUUUGUGUCAAGCGAAAGCUAAAUAGGAUGUAGAGAAGGACAUUUAUGAUUUCCUUGGAGUUGGUGCAAACAACAACAUGCAUAACAAUGUAAGUUUAAUCCUUGCAAACAAUUCUUCUCCACCUGCAGCUGAACUCAUGUAUGAGGUGUUUACCGAGCAAAUUUGUUAGUACAUGUUUUGCUUGUAUUCUAUUUAAGCCACAUUAAAAUAAAUUUUUUUAAUAUAAAUGGGUCAACAGGUGGGGUUUUGUCAAAUGGGUUUCUGAUGGGUUAGGUCUGGAUCUAGCGUUUUGUCUUGUUUAUUUAACGAUUCAAGUUUGGGUCGGAUGGGUUCAAAGCAGAUUAAUUUUAGAUCAAAUCCGAAUUAGACCCAUUAACUUUUUUGUCACCUAUAGAAUUAAUGCGUUAUGGCUGUUGAUAUGAAAAUUGAAUUUCUUCUGAUUUUGAUUGAAAUCAACUUAUCUGGUUAUACUGCCAUGCACAAUUGCAAUGAAGUAAUGAAAAAAUAAAAAAGGAUCCGAAUUGCAAUAAUAGAGACAUCGCAACUCAAUAAAAUAACACUAUAAAUACCAAUAGUCCUCAGGAAUCCAGACUCGCUUAUUCAAAAUUCUACUAGCUUAUUCUAUUAGGACUGCGACUCUUACAUAUAAAUAAAAAAGCCAUUCAAAUUAAGGAGAAAACAACCUCCUCCAUUAUUUCUACUAUUACUGCAGUACACAAUUUUCCUUAUUGAUGACUCUUACCAACUUUAACGAACUGAGCCAUACAGGACACGAACACUUCAUUUAUUUUCCUGCAUAAAACCAAAAUUAUAUAGUGCCAGAGGGACCAUAUCUCCGCGGCGGUGGUGUGAAUUUGAAAUGAUGGCUAGAUGGAGCGGGGGUAGGCGGCGGUGUGAUCGGGUUGUGAGGUGGGAUGAGAGGAUAUGCACGGGGAGUAGGUGGUGGUGAGUUGAAGUAGAAAGGAGGUGAUGAGUAUGGUGAUGGAAGUGGUGCUGAUGAGAUAGGGGACGGAUAAUGGUGCUUGUUAUGGCCAUGGUGGUGGUGAUGAUAAUGGUGAUGUUGGUGCGGUUGAGGGUAGUGAGUAUUGGGCGAAGGAGAUGGGGAAAUGAUGUAUGGAUGGUGAUGGUGAUGGUGAUG